UCCUCUGUCAAAGUGGAGCUCAGUCCAGUGAGGCCAUUGUUUCGAGUGGGAGAGAGACAGCAGCUCACAUGUCGAAUGAAGUUUCAACAUGGUUCCAGAUCAAGUUACUCUGACUGUUCUCCUGCAUCUCAUCCUUUGCUGCACAGCAGAUUCCUCUGUCAAAGUGGAGCUCAGUCCAGCGACGCCACUGUUUCGAGUGGGAGACAGACAGCAGCUCACAUGUCGAAUGAGUAAGUGCUCUGAGAAAAUGACUUUCUCCUGGAGUAGUCUGGAGGACAAGCCCCUGUAUGCUGAAACCCAGACGUCCUUGAAUGAAUCAACUCUGGUCUUCAAGAGUGUUAAUAAAAAUCAUGAAAAUAGAAUCCAGUGCAAGACAACUUGCCAGGGAGUGCCCAAGCAAGCUGCAGUGAGAGUCCGAGUAUACUCUUUUCCAAAAGAUCCAGUCAUCUCUGGACAUGACAGCUUGGUGUUAGGGAAGGAGAACACCCUGACCUGUGAGGUUUCAGAUGUUUAUCCAGCAGAACACAUGACAGUGAACUGGCUGAAGGGGGAUGAAGUGGUCAGCACACAGGAUGGAGUAUAUGGCAUUAAAUCCAUUCAGUCCAAAUACACUUUUACACCAGAAAUCAACAACACGGGACAGACAAUAAGAUGUCAAGCCACACUCAGUCUUGAUGGCUUGCCACUGGAGGAGAGAACCAGAGAGACCACCGUGUCCAUGACUGUCCUUUGUCCUCCUGUGAACACUGUGGUCUCUGUGUCCCCUAAUAAUCCAAAAGAAAAUGAGUUUAUGAACAUCUCCUGUGUGAGUGACAGCAAUCUAACAAACAGUCUGGUGCUGAGCAAAGUGCUGGAUGGAAAGGAGACAGAGCUGGAGUCUGGUGAUGGGCCUCGAGUCUCUGUUACUUACCACAAAGCCAACUUCAGUCACUCAGGUGUCUACGUGUGCAAAACAACAAACGCCUGUGGGACACAGACAGACAAUGUCACCGUUACUGUUGGAAUUCAUCCCCUGGAAGUAUCCCUGCAGCCAGACAUGAGCUUCAUCCCAGUAGAGCGAGGUUCCUCUAUGAUGCUGUCCUGUAAUAGUUCAGGCUGUCCUCAUGCUCAGAUAACAUGGCAAAAUGUGACACAUCAACCACUUCUCAACUGGACUGAGACUCAGGCAUUCAUAUCCCAGCUAGGCCCAUGGACCGUAGGUCUGGAGGAUAACCGAACGUUCAUUUGUGAAGUUGAAUGUGGCUCUGUCGUGAAGACCAAACGCACAGAGCUGAAGGUUUUUUCCUUUCCCUCAGAACCGAUCAUUGAAAGUUCUGGACCUUUUCUGGAAGGUAAAGUGACCAACCUGACCUGUACAGUUCGUGGAGUCUUCCCAGUUGACUGUUUUCAUAUGCAGUGGCUGGAUGGAGAGCUUGAGCUGCACUCAGUGCGUGGGAAUUUCUCAAACAAGCUGCAGAACCUUAGCUUGACUAUCCCCUUCAAACCUAAGGACAGUGACCAAAAUAAGACAUUUACCUGCAAGGUAUCACUGAAGAUGGGGGUUGUAUCAACACAGAAGACAGCAUCUACCACACUGGCAGUGCAUUAUCCACCCAAGCAUACCACCAUUAACGUGAGACCCCAGACGAAACUGAAUGAAGGGGAGACUGUGACCAUCUCCUGUCAGACCAAGAGUUCUCCAGAGGGAUAUGUGACUUUAAAAAGGGUGCAGAAUGGAGAAGAGACUAAAUUGGUUUCCAGUAAUGGGACCCAAACCUCUUUUACCAUCUCCUUUACUAAUAUGUCACACUCUGGUAUCUAUGUGUGUGAGGCCACUAACAAAUAUGGCCAUCAAAGAGAGAACGUCCAGAUUACUGUGCAAGCACCUCCAAGGAAUGUCACUGUGACCGUAUACCCAUCAAAGGAGGUGCAAGAGGGUGGAACUGUCACAAUCUGCUGCCAGUCAGUCAGCUUCCCACCAUCUGACAUCACCUUAAGGAAACUGGACAGUGGAAAUGACAUCUACUCUUCUAAUGGUACCUUCCUGCUGGUCAACCUCACUUCCAAUGACUCGGGUCUGUACCAGGUCAAUGCCACCAAUGCCCUGGGUUCUGAGACUGAGAUUUUCACAAUUAAUGUAAUGAGUAAGAAGAAUGAUGAUAGCAAUAUUUACUCAGUCCUGUUACGAAAACUUAAUUCCAUUGACUUUAUAAUUCCAGUAAUUGGCCUGGGAGUUCUGGCCUCAGUAGCCAGCUCCCUGGACUGUAUAAGGAGAGCAAAAAAGAAGGGUUUCUAUGAGCUGACUGAUGGCAUACAAGAAACUGUGUAGACUGCAUGGACAAAAACUUAAAGUGAGUCUCCUGCACUGAACUGAAGCUGAGUCUGCUGAACCUAAUCAGACUCACAUUCUGCUGAACUGAAUCAGACACUGUUGAACUGAAUCAGACACUGUUGAACUGAAUCACACUUAAACCCUGUUCAACUGAAACAGGCUCUGCUCAACUGAAUUACUGAUUGGUGAACUGAUUCACAUUCUGAAUAAAUGAAUCAGACUGUAAAUGAAUCACACUCUGCUGGACUGAACUGCACUCCACUCAAUGGAAUCACGCUGUACUGAGCUGAAUCACACUCCACUAAACAAACUCUGGUAAACUGAGUUGCACUCUGCUGAACUGAAUCACAUUCGGCUGAACUGAUUCACACUUUGCUGAACAGAAACACACCUCACUAAGCACACUCUGUUAAAAUGAAACAGAGUCUGAUGAACUGAAUCGUACUCCGGUGAACUGAAUUACACUCUUUUAAACUAAAUCUCAAACUGUUGAACUGAAUCACACUUCACUAAACAGAUUCUGUACUAACUAAACUGUACUUGAGUGAACCGAAUAACAUGCUGCUGAACUGAAUCACACUUCACUAAAAUGAAUCACAAUGCUGUAGAGACAAUACAGAACUAAAUACUGAACUUGUAGCAGUUCUCUCUGUGUGUGUGUGUGUGUGUGUGUGUGUGUGUGUGUGUGUGUGCGUGUGCGUGCGUGUGUGUGUGUGUGUACACAUGGCCAGAGAACAUGAUGUAUAUAUUAUUAAGCAAAAAUUGUGUUCUUGUUUUAAGCAGCAUUCUCAUGUAUAACACAGUCCUUCCAGCAAGUGAAUGUAUCAUUUGGUAAAAUAGUUGCCCAAGCUGAGCUGAGAGUGAUAUGCAUGAGUACAGUGUGCAUGUGGCAUACUGUACCUUAAUGUUACUUUUAAACACUUUCUGUUCUGUUGCAUUUGGCUCGGGUUUAGAGAGGACUUCUUAUCCCUCUGAUGAUAUCUCACUGAUAUCAGAAUUGUUGUAUACUAUUUAAAGGAGAAGUAUAUGUCUGUUUUGUGAUUGUUUCCACUCUUUGUGAAAAUUCAUGAUUAAUUUUGAAAAUGCCUUUAAUAAAAGUUUAUUAUUUAAGAA